CUACGAGGUGCAGCUACAGCUAUUUACAGGUACAAUACAGCAGGUGCAAUGGAUACACAUCCAGGUGUAUACAAAUUAUCAAUUGAUGUUUUUCAAUUGGACGAUUAAUAAUUAUCCUUACCUCUUACAACAUACUACUAUGUCUUAAUAUGCAUUCUCCUCCUUCUUUCAUACAUACAUGUGCGACAUGCACAGUACAUAAAGCUGCAGUGCUUUAAAAACCUGCCGAGAUUCAUGCUGUGUAAGUUACAUAUGUCAUAAGGCGCUGACUGACGUAAAUGUGUAGGUUAGGUACUUAGGUUAGUACUUAGGUUAGUACCUAGGCGUCUGCAUGUAAUAAUUCAUACCUGAAGUCACAAGAGCUCACCGCAACAUCUUCAUAACAUAUCCAUAGGCACUUAUACCUACUCAAUAUACUUCCUUUCUGCCCCUCAUGCCCAAGGUACGCGAGAAACCGAAUCUCCGGGAUCUUGGCAGGAAGCUGCUGAAAGACGGCCCCGUCAAAACCCUCCCUACACCCCGCCGCGUACGCAUCCUAUUCGACGGCAGUUACGUUGCAGACACCACCGAUGCACUGUUUGUCUGGGAACAUGAAUAUUAUCCGUAUUAUUAUGUACCCCGUACCGCAUUCGCGAAGCAUGCACUUCAGCCGUCCUCUCCCAAGCAGUCGGGCUUGUGGUUCUGGGAAGCGGAGCUACACGGCGCAACGCGAUCCACAGGCCGGAUCCUCGUUUUUGGAAGUGCUGAGGCGAUAGGUGGUGGUAAAAGCGAAGCAGAAUGUCUAGCGGACAUGGUGCGCGUCGAGUUCGACGUCGUGGAUGCCUGGUUCGAGGAGGAUACCCGGAUUCACGUGCAUCCGAAAGACCCAUACCGGCGCGUCGACACGCUGCUUUCUUCACGGCCCCUGAAAGUCCGCGUGCUUGGCCAGCUGGUUGCAGAAACCACUGCAGCAGUCCAUCUUUAUGAGACCGGGCUGCCGUGUCGAUAUUACGUUCCCCCAACGGCAGUGCCUCCGCAUGUGUUGCAGGAAAGUGGUGAGACGACUGCGUGUCCGUAUAAGGGCGUGGCCAAUUACUACGAUGUCGUGGUUGAGGGCAAGAAGGCUCCGGGACUGAUCUGGUACUAUAGAAACCCAACUCUGGAGUGUGCCGCUAUUGCUGGGUAUCUUUGUUUUUACCACGAGAAGGAUGAGGUUGAGAUCGAGAUAGAUGGAGAAGUUGUGCCAUCCCCAAAAACACCCUGGUCGUAAGAAGAGAAGCCUUUAGCGAACCUCUUGCCGAAUACGGAAGUGAUGUUGAGAUCCUUGAGGGCUAAGAGGACCGGAGAUUCGUGCGAUAAUUAUCAUGCAUAGAAUACACUGGUAUACAGGGGUUAUUCUGCCCUCAUUCUCUUUGAAUCCUUGAUGGCCAAGUACAAUAGAAAUGCAUACCAGUGUAUCAGAGCUGUGGAGACUUGACAAAUCCCCUCGUCCGAUUGAAACAAGCCAUGGGCUGGCUUUUUUUUUCGCGAGCGAAUGAACGACCAAGUUAUUACCUAACAGAAUCGACCGUACAUAUUAUAGGUCAGUAAUAGGAUUCGGGAACUUGACGACGCCCGCGCCCCGUCCCUGUAGCGCUAGAAUCUAGGGCCCGAUGUGAGUGAGCCUCGCUACCCGAGGCGAGGCCACCCCAGAUCGUCCGGCGGCAGAUCGCCCUUAGCCCCCCUCUUAUCAUAUUAUAUCAUAUGACUAUAUUGACC